UGUCUAUCUAGAUAUUUGGGGUAGUUGACGACAUAAGCGGAUAACGGGUACGCUUCUCCCUUAAAAAAGGAGUUUAACCUUUCCGAUUCAAUCCCAGCCUCGACCACUCUUCGUGAACUAGGGUUUCUUCCCCAUGGAUUCUACUACUUCUCUCGUCGUCAAGGUGAGCUAUGGAGGUGUUCUUAGGCGCUUCAGGGUGCCUGUCAAAGCUAAUGGAGAGCUUGAUCUUGAUAUGGCUGUUCUUAAGUGAAAAAUCGCUGCUCUGUUUAACCUCCCUGUUGAUGCUGAUUUCUCUCUGACUUACUCUGAUGAAGAUGGCGAUGUGGUGGCCCUGGUCGAUGACAAUGACUUGUCUGAUGUCACGAAUCAGCGCCUCAAGUUCUUGAAGAUUCAUGUGCAGUCCAAAACUAGCUCUAUUACUCCAGAGAGUAAUGGGAGUUCGACCAUGCCUAAUAGCCUUAACCCGGUUUCCAAAAUCCAGGAGGGUAUCAAUGAUGUUCUCACGGUUGUACCUAACCCCACGCGUGAAACCGUAUCCAAGGUGUAUAUUGACCUUGCAUCUAAAGCGGUAUCUUCUAGCCCUGUUGUUGGUGAGCUCUUUGAUUGCAUCUCCAAGCUAGGGAAACUCUCUGGUCCUCAGGAAGGUGGUCUUCUCUCACCUGUUGUUAUUCCCCGUUGUUCCCUGAGCUGGGAGGUUCCUUCCUUUGGUGAAAAGAAGGAUAUCUCUAAGAAGACCCAACCCGGGAAAAAACCUGCUGACCUUAAUGAACCAACCGGCUUUGCUGUUUCAAAGACUUCUGGUCCUGUACCAAUCUCCUCUGGACUGGGUGCUAGUUUCAACGAGUGCCCCUUCAGUGGUAGUAAAGUGAAUGAAUCAAGUCCAAAUCCUGGGAACUUUAAAAAACAUGCCCGGCGUGUCUGUCACUCGAAAAAGAGCAGCAGUGGUGAUUACUGGACCUCACUGGGUAUCUUCCAUAAGGGCAUCCGCUGUGAUGGAUGUGGAGUUCUUCCAAUAACCGGGCCUAGGUUUAAGUCUAAAGUCAAAGAAGACUAUGAUCUUUGCACCAUCUGCUUCUCGGUGAUGGGUAACGAAGGGGAUUACACAAGGAUGGAUAAGCCAGACUCAGUUCAACAUUCACAUCCCUUUAGAGGACAACUUACCCCAAUAUCGAACCCGUGGGUGGGCCAUGUGCCGCAACCACAACAUGGAGGUUUACACUUCAGGUGCACUCGGCCUAAACUCGACAGUCGCUUUGUGCUUGAUGUGAAUGUACUUGAUGGAACAGUUUUUGCUCCUUCUGCUCAAUUCACCAAGGUUUGGAAAAUGAGGAACAAUGGCUCGCUGGUGUGGCCGCAUGGCACACGAAUAGUCUGGAUCGGUGGGGACAAACUCAGCAGCUCGUUGUCAGUUGAUUUACAGAUUCCAGUGGAGGGUGCGCCUAUCGACAGUGAGCUUGACGUGAAAGUUGAUUUUGUUGCACCAGACUUACCUGGUCGAUACAUUUCUUAUUGGAGGAUGGCUUCCUCUAGUGGAGCUAAGUUUGGGCAACGUGUUUGGGUGUUGAUACAUGUUGAUGCAUCCUUGAAGGGUUCUGCUGUGAAUGAGUUUCAAGGACUGAACUUGAAUGUCUCCCCUGAUGAAGAAUCUACAGGGACCAAUGUGAAUCAUGAGCCAGCUCAAGCUGGCAGCUCCAGUGUUAACCCUGGGGCAGUGGAAGGUGCUGAUCUAGAAGGAGAAGCAGCUGGUUCCCAGAUCCCAGAAAAAGAUGACCUGCCGGUUGGGGAAGAAGUUGAGCCUGCUACUACUACUCUCACACCAUCUUCAUCUCCGUCAUCAUUCAACAUGAUCGAGUUCCCGAACAUGCCUGCUGUUGAGGCUUUGGGUGGUGGUGGUUCGUCGUCAUCUACAAAGGACAUCCCUGUUGAUCUUCAAGAGGAUAUUGAGGAGAACGACAUGGAGAUGGCCAUGCUCAAGGAGCUGGAGGAAAUGGGAUUCAAAGAGAUGGUUUUGAACAAGGAGGUCUUAAGGGAAAACGAGUACAACUUGGAGCAGUCUGUUGACGCUCUUUGUGGAGUUAGCGAGUGGGAUCCUAUCCUAGAGGAGCUUCAGGAAAUGGGCUUCUGUGAUGAUGUGACGAACAAGAAGCUGCUGAAGAAGAAUAAUGGAAGCAUUAAAGGCGUAGUGAUGGACCUCCUCACUGGUGAGAAGGAGGCUUAAUGUGUGGCUUUUGAUUCUGGGAACUUCUUAUCUAUCAGGGGUUAAACUAUGUUUUAGAAAUAAUAAUAUAUCCUGGUUAAUGCUUUGUUUGAUGAAUGAUGGAUUCUGUUUUCCGAAAUAAAUGUUAAGAUAUUAUCUCUUUCUUCUUU